AUGCGUUUCGCUCCCAAAUCCAACCGCCAGACCGGCGAUCUCAGCCGCGUCGAAGCUCCUGUCACGGCCAAGGCCUACCUGCUUUGUGCUUUCGCCUCCUUCGGUGGUAUCCUCUUCGGAUAUGACUCUGGCUACAUCAGCGGCGUUCUCGGCAUGAACUUCUUCAAGCAAGAGUUCGGCUCGCCAGGCUCUCUUGAUGAAACUGCUUACAACGGCUACCUCUACAAGACAUGGGAGAAGUCCCUCAUUACGUCGAUCUUGUCAGCUGGUACCUUUUUCGGUGCUCUCUUCGCAGGCUCUCUUGCCGACUGGCUUGGACGUCGGAUCACCGUCAUUCUUGGUUGCGCGGUCUUUUCUCUCGGUGUCAUCCUCCAGGUCGCCUCUACGUCAGUCUCCCUGCUUGUCGUCGGUCGUCUCAUCGCUGGCAUCGGCGUGGGUUUCGUCUCGGCUGUCAUCAUCCUCUACAUGUCUGAGAUCGCACCGAAGGCUGUCCGCGGCGCCAUAGUUUCCGGCUACCAGUUCGCCAUCACCAUCGGCCUCCUCCUCGCUGCGGUAGUCAACAACAGCACGAAGGACCGCAUGGACACUGGCUCGUACCGCAUCCCAAUCGCUAUCCAGUUCCUAUGGGCGUUAAUCCUCGGCGUGGGCCUGUUCUUGCUCCCAGAGUCGCCCCGUUGGUAUGUGAAGAAGGACCGCCUUGAAGAGGCCACGAAAGCCCUCGCUCGGCUACGUGGACAGCCCGUCGAUUCCGAAUACAUCAAGGAUGAGCUGGCCGAGCUUGUCGCCAACUACCACUAUGAGAUCUCUAACAUGCAGGCGACAUGGGCCGACUGCUUCCGUGGCGGCUUUAAGCCAUCCGGCAAUCUCCGCCGUGUUCUUCUUGGCAUGGCUCUACAGAUGAUGCAGCAGCUUACUGGUGUCAACUUCAUUUUCUACUACGGCACAACCUUCUUCCAGCAAGUCGGCAUCAAGGACAGCUUCCUCAUAGGCAUGAUCACCACGAUUGUUAACGUGUGCUCCACUCCUAUCUCCUUCUGGACCAUCGAGAAGCUUGGUCGUCGUACUCUUCUCAUCUAUGGCGCCAUCGGUAUGGCCGUGUGCGAGUUCCUCGUUGCCAUUAUCGGCACUGCCACCGGCGAAGGCUCAAAGGCCGCCGGCACCUGCCUCAUCGUGUUCGUCUGCUUCUAUAUCUUCUUCUUCGCCUCGACCUGGGGUCCUGGCGCCUGGGUGCUUAUCGGCGAGAUCUUCCCGCUGCCCAUCCGCGCCAAGGGUGUCGCUCUUUCGACCGCCUCCAACUGGCUAUGGAACUUCGGCAACCUCAAGUCCAAGGUCUUCUUCGUCUGGGGCGCUACCUGCACCGCCUGCGUCCUCUUCGCCUGGUUCUUCGUUCCGGAGACAAAGGGUCUCUCGCUCGAGCAGGUCGACCAGAUGCUCGAGGAGACCACCCCUCGCACCUCCUCUAAGUGGGUGCCGCAUGGUACCUUCGCCGACGACGCCACGAGGCACGACAUGGGCAAGAUCACCGAGGCAGUUGCGGAGAAGGAGACUGUCGAGGCACGUGUUUCCGAGAAGGGUGAGGACCACGUCUAG